GCCCCUGUGGGAGACCGGUUUGGCAUGUGCUCCGUGCUCCGAUUGGAUUCGCCCAUCACCCACCCCUAUUGAGCGCUGAUUGUUGUGCCAGGAGAUUGAAAAAAAGCCCUUUCAGGGUUCUUCACAUCCAGCUCAGACUACACUGCUCACCUGGUAGCCUUCCCUUUAAGACGCGCUCACCUGGAGGCUCACCUGGGCGCAGGCGCUUCCGCAGGAAGAAGGAAGCCGCACCGCCUCUCGCGCUCGCUCCCCGCCUCCCAGCUUCUUCGGCCACCACCAUGUCGGCCUCUGCAGUCUUCAUUCUGGACGUUAAGGGCAAGCCCCUGAUCAGCCGCAACUACAAAGGAGAUGUGCCCAUGACGGAGAUUGACCACUUCAUGCCAUUGCUGAUGCAGCAGGAGGAGGAGGGCACACUGGCCCCACUGCUGAGCCAUGGGCAUGUGCACUUCCUGUGGAUCAAACACAGCAACCUCUACUUGGUGGCCACCACACUGAAGAAUGCCAAUGCCUCUCUGGUGUAUUCCUUCCUAUACAAGACUGUGGAGGUCUUCUGUGAGUACUUCAAGGAGCUGGAGGAGGAGAGCAUCCGUGACAACUUCGUUAUUGUGUACGAGCUGUUGGACGAAUUGAUGGACUUUGGCUUCCCGCAGACCACAGAUAGCAAGAUCCUGCAGGAGUACAUCACACAACAGGGCAACAAGCUGGAGACAGGCAAGUCUCGGGUGCCACCCACUGUUACCAAUGCGGUGUCAUGGCGCUCUGAAGGGAUCAAGUACAAAAAGAAUGAGGUGUUCAUUGAUGUCAUAGAAUCUGUUAACCUCCUGGUCAAUGCAAACGGGAGUGUCUUGCUCAGCGAGAUUGUGGGCACCAUCAAGCUCAAGGUCUUUCUCUCUGGGAUGCCAGAGCUGCGACUGGGCCUCAAUGACCGUGUGCUCUUUGAGCUCACUGGCCGCAGCAAGAACAAGUCUGUGGAGCUAGAAGAUGUGAAAUUCCACCAAUGUGUUCGGCUCUCUCGCUUUGACAACGACCGCACCAUCUCCUUCAUCCCCCCUGAUGGGGACUUUGAACUCAUGUCCUAUCGCCUCAGCACCCAGGUCAAACCCCUGAUCUGGAUCGAAUCGGUCAUUGAGAAAUUCUCCCAUAGCCGCGUGGAGAUCAUGGUCAAGGCCAAGGGGCAGUUUAAGAAGCAGUCGGUGGCCAACAGUGUGGAAAUUUCUGUGCCUGUACCCAGUGAUGCAGACUCCCCACGCUUCAAGACCAGCGUGGGCAGUGCCAAGUAUGUGCCAGAGAAGAAUGUUGUCAUAUGGAGUAUAAAGUCCUUCCCGGGGGGCAAGGAGUACUUGAUGCGUGCCCACUUUGGCCUUCCCAGUGUGGAGACAGAAGAGGUGGAGGGCCGGCCACCCAUCGGGGUCAAGUUUGAAAUUCCUUACUUUACUGUCUCUGGCAUCCAGGUCCGUUACAUGAAGAUCAUUGAGAAAAGCGGAUACCAGGCCUUGCCCUGGGUUCGAUACAUCACACAGAGUGGUGAUUAUCAACUUCGUACCAGCUAGAAGGGAGAAGUGGGGGUUUGAACAUGGGGCCUCCUCCCCAGGUCCCGUCUGUGGAUUUUGAGAGAGGGAGAGGGUGUGUGUGUUGGGUUUGGGUACUGACUUAAGUUCUUGCUCCCAGCACCUAACCCCUUUUAUCCUUUUAUGAACUGUCUGUGAUGGUUUCUCAGUGUCCCUCGAUCUUGGGGCUCCUCCACCCUGAUUUUAUAUGAAGAAAUAUAAGAGGGGCUUGAGGGCCCCCCUCACAAGUGCCUUCUAGUAAUCUGCCUUAAGGGGUUCUGGGAGGCCAUCUUUCAUAGCUGCUGAGCCCAAAGGCCCUGCUGCCCCCACUUCUGAGUUUGAGGGUGUCAUUAAAAUGAAUUUAAACUGCU